AUGUUCCGUCAGUGGUUAUCAUCUCCCUCUGGGACGGAGAGGGGCAGCACCCUGAGCAAGGUCGCAGGAGGAGGGCAGAGGCUACAUCAGCAGCAGAUGGGAGGCAGUCCAGUCCAGCACAGCAACCCCAUGAACCCCCAACAGCAGCAACAAACGUCCCAGUCUCCACAUCUCCAGGGCCAGCCCCAGCCUUCCUCAAUCAUCCACCAAGUGUGCUCUCCCCCACAUGCAGCCCCAGCCCUCCCCUCAUCACGUCUCCCCGCACCCCCCGCCCACAUGGUGGUGCCUCAGCAGCAGCCGCUGGUAAACUCUGGUAAACUCCAUGGAUUGAGUCCUUUCGAACCGUCCGAACAGAACCCAGUGCUGAUGAGCCCUGCGAUGGGGGGCAGGAUCCGUCGGGACUUCUUCACCCGUCUAGCAGUAGGUAACGGGGAGCAGCGGCAGGUGGACACAGAUGCCUGUGCACAGGGAAUCCCACCGGAGGGGCUCUAUGACGACGUUGGGAGGCGUGGCACGGAGGGGCCCGCUGCUGACUGGUGGCUGGUGGGCAAACUCGACAGCGGGGACAAGGCAGGUCCAGCCUCAAGGAGUAAUAACGCUAUCCCAACCUGUAGUGUGGACUCUGUCAGUGUGAGGGUGUUGCUGAACAUUGGGCAGGCUCUUCCCCUGGACCCCAAAGGCUUUCUAUUGGGAAGCUGCUCUCCGUCCACCAGCAGCUAUAACACUGUGCAGUUCCAAUCUGGGCUGCUUGACUGCAGCUUUAUGCGCAUGGUUACUGCCAAUGUCACCAGUUACAUGAAUGUGUUGAUGUACCAGCCCACCCAGAGUGGCUUCUACCAGACUCCAUUCACUCAGGCCAUUGUGUGCACCUACACCAAACCUGCUGGCUGGACUCCUCCAGUGUAUAACCCUGCACUUGGGGAUGCUUCUGGGUUUGGGAAGCUGGAGUUUACCAUGGGGAUUAUGAAUGAUGGAUUCUCAGCUCCACGCACCUCCAGUCUGUUCUUCCUGGGGUCCCCCAUCUUCAUUGCAGCUGCAGUGAAGCAACAAUUCCACAUGCCGCUGAUGGUCUACAUAGAAGAGUGUGUCGCUGCCAGCACUCCAGAGCUGAGCCCUUCAAGCCAGACCUACCCGCUCAUCACCAACCAUGGAUGCUUUGUAGAUGGCCAGGCUGCUAACUCCAGGUUUCUGCCCCGAGUCCAGACCUCUGAGAUCCGUCUGGUUGUCCAGGCCUUCAAGUUUACCCAACUGAACACAGACGUCUAUAUCCACUGCCGGUUGCUGGCCUGGGACCCUGCCCAGCUCAAUGACCCGACAAAGAAAGCUUGUUCAUUCAACCAAAGAACCAGGAGGUGGGAGCUCCUGGAUAACCCUGGUCAGAGCUCUGUGUGCAGCUGCUGCACUUCCUCCUGCAAUAUGAGGAAGAGGAGGCACACUGCUGAAGAUGGGCUGAGACACACUGCAGUGCUGGGACCCCUGAGGAUCCUUCCUGAAGAGCUGUCUGCUGGCAUCCAGGAAUUCUACCAGAGGAGUCCUGCUCUGUCACUGGAGGAACCCCAGCAGGCUCUGGCCUGGCUGCUCCACUGCUCCUGA